GAUGGGAGACCUGAUUGCGAACGCACAAGGAAAUUCUAUGCAUGCAGCCAUGGAUAUUUUAUUCACUUACUGGAAUGCUCCAACGACUUCCGUCGAAUUUUGGUGAGAUUUUUCUGAGGAAAGGUCACUCUGCCCUCCUUAAAAAUCGUCGAUAGGGUCGAAAAAAAUCGAUGUAUACUUUAAAUUGUUUUAUCAAAGAAAGAAAUACCAGCAACAACUCAAGCGAAACGGCUGAAAUAAUUGAAAUAUGCAAAUGUUGGUCUCCUUACAAGUCGUCGUCAGGAAUAUUUAUUUGCGUAUUUUGGGCAACGUGUCCCAGAUACGAAGCGUAUGAAUUAAGUUAACGCAGUAAAAUGGAAGGUAAAAGAGACCACAGAGAGACAGCUUCUUCGUCCGGCACGGUUUCUUCACCAAAUUCAUUCGCUUUGUGCCAUCCAGCGAAAUUUGCUUUCAAAGCUUACUAUUUCUUCUUCUACGCCGCCAUUGGAAGCUCCUUUCCGUAUUUAAUGUUGUUCUUCAAACAGCUGGGACUGAACGCUGCACAGGCUGGAAUUCUUAGCGGGGUAAAAUUGUUUUCUGAAGCUAUCGGAGCGCCUUUGUGGGGAACAAUUGGAGAUCAAUUAAGAAUUCGAAAGAUUAUUUUGUUCGCAUCUCUUGUGUCAUUUUCGUCAGGAAUUUUAUUGUUUAUGCCUUUCCCACCGAGAAAUCAAGAGUGUAUCGAGACGAGAGCGAACGCUACAGAGAUCAAAACGCCACUGAGCUUUACCACAGGACAAAUAAGAUAUGAAGAACAGAGCAUCGAAGAAGGAGGGUAUCUCAACCACACAGGUCAAACAAAUUUCAGUCGUCGAAUCGACGAAACUGAGAUGUCAAAAAUAUUUACAACUUUCUUAAUUAUAACCAUUAGCAGUCAAAUUGUCGGCUCGGUAGUUUUCAAUAUGCCUGAUGCCUUGGUCGUGGGUUACCUCCAAGGUGGUAUCAGUACGUUCGGGUAUUAUCGGGUAUGGGGCGAAGUUGGAGUCGCUACUGGUUCGUUCGUUGUCGGAGGUGUCAUCAACUUUUACCGGUCUGAAGUGUGCGGUGAGAUCGUGAAAAACUACUUCAUUUCAUUUUAUUUCUUUGCUGGGUUUAUUUCGCUUGCUAUGUUCACCCUUAUCUUCGUUAAGGUGACGUAUCCGGAUGGGGACGCUGAUGAUUCGAACUUGUGGCUUUUAAUAAAAGAACUUAUGCGCCUUCACAACGCCAUGUUCGUGGUUGUGGCUUGCUUCCUAGGCAUUCUUGUGGGUAUGCACGAGUAUUUUGGUCUUUGGUACUUAGAUGACCUGGGAGCACAACCUUACAUGCUGGGUCUAGCUUCCGGUUUGCGAUACGCCAUUGCUUUAUGCGGGUACACUUUUUCUGGAAUGGUUAUAGACAAGUUCGGAUACACAUGCACCAUAGCAGUCUGCUUGCUGCUCUAUACUUUUGAUUUCAUGGGUAUGGCGUUUGUUGUGAACCCCUGGCUUGGCGUGGUACUGUUUAGUGCUCAGGGGCUAUUAUACGGAACCAGCUGGUCUGCCUGCGUAGUUUUUGGUGGUACUGUGUCAUUGCGCGUGGGUUUCUAUUCAGCAACCCAAGGUGUCCUCGGCGGAGUUUACUGGGGUUUAGGAGUCGGCACAGGGGUAUUUCUCAGCGGUGUCCUUAUAAACUGGCUUGGCGUUGCCAAGACCUAUUUUGUUUACUCUCUGGUGACACUUCUAACUUUAGUUCCUUUUUCAUUAGCUAAUUUUUGGAUCAGAUCGAGAGACGAUAGAGGGAACAGUGACCAAAAAUAUGAACUAUUGCCGAAAGAGACAGAAGAAAACCAUUGAUGCCACUAAAGGUGUCAGUUAUUCUUUAAAACUAUAAUGUCUCGCCAGCUUACUCCUCCCCACAAACUUACUUCAUUCUUGGACUAGUGUUAGACCUUGUGAACAGGCCCAGGUUGUUUGAAGGGUGGAUAAUAAUCAGUAUCCGCUGGAUAAAUUUCGCUCCGAUGGAUAGCGUAGUAAGUUUUGUUAACACUUUCCCGCUGGAUAGCGAUUUAUCCGUUCGAUAGAUAUACGCCCUUUGAAAAAUGGGCCUGGAUGUUUUUCUAAGUAAGUACAUGGGAGACGAGCUUAAUAUUGCGACUGCCGAAGGAAACUCUAUGCUUGCAGCCAUGGAUAUUUAUUCACUUACUGGAAUGCUCCAACGACUUCCGUAGAAUUCUGGUGAGAUUUUUCAGAGGAAAGGUCACUCUUCCCUUAAUUAGAAAUCGUCGAUAAGGUCGAAAAAAUUGAUGUAUAUUUUGAAUUGUUUUAUUUAAGAAAGAAAUACCCGCAACAAAUUAUCUCCUUUCCGAUCCUUUCCAACGUAUUUUAGGUCAAGUUUAACUGUAAAUUCAGGGGUCGAAACGGCUUUCGACGAAGGAGAACGCAUACUAAUCAUGUCGUUUUUCGGAAAUCACUCUCGAGGGUUUUAUGGACCAGUCCCAAGGAGAUCGAUCAUGAUGCCAUUUGAUUUAGGGGUCUUAGUUUCCGUAAUUACGAAAACUAAAAGACCCCCAUCAAACCAUU